GAGCUAAACCAACAUCCUUGUUAGUAGUUUGUUCGUUUAUUGUUAGCUCUGGAUGAAUCCAUCCACUGAAGCAGCAAAAGCUUCUUCCAUCCUCCUAGCUUUGCUUGGUUUCUAUUCUGAACGUUUCAAUUUUCAAAUGCUGUGCCCGUUUCUUACUUAGUGAGGAUUUAAAGCUGGUAAUUCUUGGCUUGUUGCCUUCAACACACUUUGAAUAUCUCUCUAGUUUGGAGCUGGAACUGAAUCAGUGAAGAAGGAGACAAUGAUGCAGACUUGUUGUAUCCAUCAGUCAUUGACAUUUCCUCGGAGGAUUCUUCCAAGGCGUGAUGAUGCUUCCAUCGUCUUUAACCCUCCCAAACUCUGUAAACUCGGUUUCAUUGGAAAACAUCAUCAGCCUUUGGGGUCUCCUAGUCUUAUACGGCAACGAAGAAUAUUACACGUGGACUUGAAUGCUAAUGAUGCUAUCUUCGAAGAAGAAACCUCCCCUGAAGCUGAGCUUCCAUUCAGCAAAUGGUCACCUUCUAAAUUCAUAUGGAGAGGCUUAUCCGUUCCCAUCAUAGCGGGACAAGUCCUUCUCCGGAUACUAAAAGGUAAGAUCCACUGGAGAAACACUCUCCAACAGCUCGAGAGAACCGGACCCAAAUCCCUAGGAGUCUGCCUCCUCACUUCCACAUUCGUCGGCAUGGCCUUCACCAUCCAGUUCGUCAGAGAGUUCACUAGGCUUGGCCUCAACAGAUCCAUCGGUGGCGUCUUGGCUCUCGCCUUCUCCAGAGAGCUCAGUCCCGUCAUCACAUCCAUCGUUGUCGCCGGACGGAUGGGAAGCGCGUUUGCAGCUGAGCUAGGGACAAUGCAAGUCUCUGAGCAGACCGAUACCCUCCGUGUCUUGGGAGCAGACCCGGUUGAUUAUCUCAUCACGCCGAGAGUCAUCGCUUCCUGUCUGGCCUUGCCGUUUCUGACGCUCAUGUGUUUCACCGUCGGGAUGGCUUCGAGUGCUUUGCUAUCCGACGCGGUUUACGGGAUUAGCAUUAACAUAAUCAUGGACUCGGCUCAUCGAGCGCUUAGACCGUGGGAUAUUGUGAGUGCUAUGAUUAAAUCUCAGGUGUUUGGAGCUAUCAUAUCUGUGAUUAGUUGUUCUUGGGGAGUAACCACUACGGGAGGUGCUAAAGGUGUUGGAGAAUCCACAACUUCUGCAGUUGUCAUGUCUCUUGUCGGAAUCUUUAUUGCUGAUUUUGUGCUUUCUUCUUUUUUCUUUCAGGGUGCUGGUGAUUCUUUAAAGAACUGUGUGUAACAUUUUGUGUCUUAUUGAUCCAAAGUCGUAUGUUCUUUACAUAAUAAAAA